AUGGUCACUAUAUCUAAAACAAGUAAAGGGACACCUUUACUGUUGAACGAUGGUUUUUGUUAUAUACUGGAUCAAAAAACCGACGAGAAAAUAUUACAGAAAUGUGAGGUUCAAAGAAAACUUAAUUGUCAUGCACGACUUCAUACAUCGCUCGAUAACAAAGUCAUUUUAAAAUUGAUUGAUACACAUAACCAUUCUGGAAAUUCUCGUUCACAGCAUAUUCGUCAAUUUUAUGAAAAUAUGAAAGGUGAAGCAUUACAAAAUCAUACCAAUCCACACAAUGUUCUUACUCAAUGUUACAUGGGUGUUCCAGACGAAAUUCGUGCAAUAUUACCAGAUAAUUCAAAUUUGAAAAGAGGUGUUGGUCGUUGGCGCCAGGAUAAAUUAGUUGCAAGUAUUCCAACUGAUAAAAAUUUUCAAACUACUCAUGGUUUAAAACAACAAUACGAAACUGAUUUAACAUUUUCAGAUAAUAUUCAUAAAAUUUCCGCUUUAGCUUUUCUUGAAUCUGAUUCUGUUAUUGAUGGUUUCGAAACAUUGUGUGCACGUUUAGAUGAUACUUAUCAGGACAUUCUCGAUUAUAUGGAAGAUACAUAUAUUGUAGAAAAUCCAGAUCCUUCUGUUUAUGAACAGCUUGAGGCAAGAGGACGUUUAAUAUCUUUAUAG